GUGGGGGGAAAACUGUUUGAUUUGAAGAUUUAGUCUUUAUAUACAGCACAUUUGUAAAUUGCUAAGAGCUUCAUGGAUAGCGUAUGAAUUACAAAUAUAAGCCAGUACGAAUUCUUUAACAAUGCAUCUUUGAAACGUGGUAUGUAGCUAACUGACGACCACAAUCAGAGAAAGGCAAUGGAAAGUUCCCCUCUUUGCUGGUAAUCCACUAGGCGCAUGUAGAGUGUGCAAAGUAGCUCAGUCAGUAUCGUUAAGGGGGCUAAGGAAUUUGGGCUGCCGGAGUAUUGUAGCUAUAUUGCAUGCUAGCGUCAUUCCUCUUUCUCUGCUCCGAUACAGGCUGUUUGUAUAUUGUAACUACGCCGCUAUAUGUAAACCACAACAAGCUGGGCUGCAGCUGAAACAUGACGCCGCCGCUGCAGUCGGCUGUUGUUAGGUGGAGCGGAGGGGUUUAGAAUAACAUAUCCCGUGCUCCAAGGGCUGUCGCUCAAGCAGGGUCGGUCUGAGGGGUCCCGGGUAUAGUGUAGUAAAGGGUUGGGUUGGUGGACAACAGUCAACGAAGCUCCGACGCGGGACAGGACUGUUUGACGUGAAGAACUUAACGCGUGUUUGGGAAUCAUCGGAAGGCAGCUAACAUUGGCUGCCAAGUUCAUGUAAUUCCCAGCUAGCUAGCUAGGUAACGUUACUUCGAAAACAGCCUCUCCAUAAUAUCUGAACAAGAAACUGGGAAAGUAUCUUAGGAACGGAUACAAUCAGUAUAUGUAUACAUCUGCACCUCCAACCAUUAACGUUACCGAAGGAGGAAAACAUAUUCCAGACCAUAGUCAUAAACAAAGUGGAUGUCGUCGCAGAAGAGGUUAUGGUGAGCCCAACGCUGUCCUGAUCUCCCCCGGUCUCCACUGACCGCCAGCUUACAUGUGCCCAGAGCAGCCCAAAUCGCUAACAAGGUAGCUGUACCCAGAAAGUCACCGCAGGAGCAGAAGGUUCGGCACUACCUGCCCCCCGCCUCGCUCCGCCCCCGCCCCUGCCCCGCCCCGCCCCGCCCCUGCCCACCCGGCCCCCCCGCGCUUCUCCAUGGAUCUCCGGCUGGCCUCGCCGCUGCUGCUCUGGACGCUGCUGCUCUACCUGGCCUCUGCGGCCCAGCCGCCGGCCGAACCGAAGGUUUACACCAACACGUGGGCCGUCCACGUAGCGGGCGGAGCCGAGGAGGCCGACCGCAUCGCCAGCAAGCACGGCUUCAUCAACCACGGCAACGUUUUUGGUGAUUAUUACCACUUCCGGCACCGCGCGGUGGUGAAGAGAUCUACGUCGGGCCACCGUGGGACACACGUCAGGCUGCACAAGGAGCCCCAGGUGCUGUGGGCCGAGCAGCAGCUCGUCAAGCGGAGGAAGAAGAGGGACAUUUACGCCGAACCCUCCGACCCCAAGUUCGCCCAGCAGUGGUAUCUGUUCAAUCCGAGCCGUCGAGACCUGAAUGCCAAGGAGGCCUGGGAGCAGGGCUACACGGGCCGGGGCGUGGUGGUGUCCAUCCUGGACGACGGCAUCGAGAAGAACCACCCGGACCUGGCCGACAACUACGACCCCAAGGCCAGCUACGAUGUGAACGACGGAGACACGGACCCUCAGCCUCGAUACACACAGCUCAAUGACAACAGGCAUGGGACCCGCUGCGCCGGGGAGGUGGCGGCCGUGGCCAACAACGGCAUCUGCGGAGUGGGCGUGGCCUACAACGCCAAGAUCGGCGGCGUGCGCAUGCUGGACGGGGAGGUCACCGACGUGGUGGAGGCGCAGUCACUCAGCCUCAACCCGCAGCACAUCGACAUCUACAGCGCCAGCUGGGGCCCCGAGGAUGAUGGGAAGACGGUGGACGGGCCUGCCAAGCUGGCCAAGGAAGCCUUUCUGCGCGGGGUAACUGAGGGAAGAGGGGGCCUGGGCUCCAUCUUCGUGUGGGCCUCGGGGAACGGCGGCCGGGAGAAGGACAGCUGCAACUGCGACGGCUACACCAACAGCAUCUACACCCUGUCCAUCAGCAGCAGCACGCAGUACGGCAACGUGCCCUGGUACAGCGAGGCCUGCUCCUCCACCCUGGCCACCACCUACAGCUCCGGAAGCCUCAACGAGAAACAGAUCGUGACCACCGACCUCCGGCAGAAGUGCACCGACUCGCACACGGGGACCUCGGCCUCCGCACCGCUGGCCGCCGGAAUCAUCGCCCUCGCCCUGGAGGCCAAUAAGAACCUGACGUGGAGGGACAUGCAGCACCUGGUGGUGAGGACGUCUCACCCCGCCCACCUGACCACCAGCGACUGGAAGACCAAUGGCGUGGGCCGCAGAGUGAGCCACUCGUACGGCUACGGGCUGCUGGACGCCAGCGCCAUGGUGACCCUGGCCAGGAACUGGACCAACGUGGGCCCCCAGCAGAAGUGCGUGCUGUCCAUGAUGUCCGAGCCCAGGAACAUCGGCAGCCACCUUGUGGUCAGCAGGAGCGUGGACGCGUGCUUGGGGAGGCCUGACUACGUGAGCUCUCUGGAGCACGCGCAGGCCCAGCUCACCCUGUCCUACAGCCGCCGCGGCAACCUGGCCAUAUACCUCAUCAGCCCACAGGGCACCCGCUCCACCCUGCUGGCCCAGAGGCCCCACGACUACUCCUCCGAGGGCUUCAACGAUUGGGCCUUCAUGACCACCCACUCCUGGGACGAGGACCCCCGCGGGGAGUGGACCCUGGAGAUCGAGAACGUCGCCGGGGUCAGCGACUACGGGACGCUGACGCAGUUCACCCUGGUCCUCUACGGCACCGGCUCCACUUCCAUCAAUCCCUCCGGAUCCGACUUCAGCCAGCCGUCCAACAACAGCUGCAAGACCUUCGAUGACAAGCAGAUCUGCAUAGAGUGUAGUCGGGGCUUCCUCCUGUUCCAGCAGGGCUGUGUGAGGGACUGCCCCCCAGGCUACACCCCCGGCUCCCUGCCCCUCAACUACACCCUGGAGAACUGGGCGGAGCUGUCCUCUGUGCAGGCCUGCCUGCCCUGCCACCCGUCCUGCCUGACCUGCGCCAGCCCCAGCUCCACAGACUGCCUGUCCUGCCCCCCCCACAACCACCUGGACCCCAUCUCCAGCACCUGCCUGCACCAGAACCAGAUCCUGCGCGAGUCCCCCGACGGGCGGGGCGGGGCAGGCGAGGGCCGGACCCCCUCGGGGGCGGAGCCUCCCUCCCGGCUGCCCGUGGCCGCGGCGGUGGUCGGCUGCAUCUUCAUCGCGGUCACGUUCGCCGCCAUCUUCGGCCUCCUGCAGCUGCGCUCGGGCGGCGCCCCCUGCGGCGGGCACAGCAAACUGCACACGCUGGAGUCGGGCGCGGGCACCCGCGUGGGCUUCGGGAUCGGACGGGGUAGGGUGGUCUCCUACAAGGGAAUCCCUUCGGUGUGGGGGGACGACGGGUUCAACUCCGAGUCCGAGAACGAGGAGUUUGACGGCCACAGCGAGAGGACUGCCUUUAUCAAAACGCAAAGUGCUCUUUAACCCACCUCCUGUCUAAACGCCUCCUCGCCUCUCGCGCUCCUCUUGUUUCGACACCUCCCCCCCCUCCACCCCUCUCUGGAUCUUUCCUUUCCGCCUCCACAGACAUGUCUGGACGCUCGAGUUUCUUUUCCGCGGGGUUUUCUAUGUCUUCCGCUCUUCCUGCUGGUGACCGGACGGGACUCCCGUGUCCCGCGCGGCUGGGCUGGGGGCGGAGCCCUGGGCACGCCCACUCGGCACACAACUGGGUGCCUCAUUGCUGCUGAGGUGGGAGGUGCUUGGAGAAUCUGCCCUGUGGCCUCCAAUCACAAAAUUUCAUUCUUCAAGGGUCUUGGCCAAUGGGGUUAGAACCGUGACUGGGAGGAAUGAUUUUCACAGAGUGGUUCAUUGGGUUUUUUUUUUUUUUUUGAAUCCCCCUUUGGGGUAAUAAAGAUAGUUAUUGUUUUUUCCGCUUCCUCCUCUUUAUUUUCAGCAUCGGUGAACAUGGGUGACCUGGCUGCCCUGGGCCAGCACUAAAGCUGCGUGACCCGGGAGGACGGCGGCGGGUUUGCAGAUAGCGGGAGCGUCACCCCCGUUCGCUCAGUCCCUGCCUCCCCCCCCCCCCCCCACCCUGCUCACCACGUCCCUCGGUCUCCACGGUGUGAGAAUGGCUUCCCCACUCAGUCGUCCAUCCAGGGGUCUCCCCUGUCCUCAUGGGAAUAAAGGAAGCUUGUUCUCUCUGCCUGACGCUGUUUUUAUUUAACACUAAGUGGGCGUGGGCGUGGCCUCGGCCCGCCUCCCCGCCGCCACCUUUUCUCUGACGCGAGGGUGCGAGUCAGACGCCUUGGAAGCAGAAAGGCAGCUCUCUCACUCUGGCCUCAGCCACCGAAGCACUGCGGUCUGCACGGGCUCCACGCACUCGGCCCUCAAUCAAACCCACCAAUCAGGCUUCGCUCUCUCAAAGCGUGCAAGCAGAACACUAAAGGUUGAUUCGGAGCGGUGCGCGCUAUCUUUAGCUCAGACCUCCAGUCGUUUUAGGCCCCGCUGAGCCCCGUUCUCUCUCUCUCUCUCUCUACUGUUGAAUCAGAGGAGCCGGCGCUAGCCUCACCUCAUUGGCCGGUUUAUUUCCGCUAGCGCGCUCUCAGACCCCGCUGUGGUAGGUCUCUAACGGACGCUCGCAGAGAGCCGCGCAGGAAAGCCAGUGUAACGCUAAUCCACCCAGUGGCAAGCUUUAAUUCCGCUUCCUGCAACUUGCCACUUUCCGGCUUCAAGGGGUGUUAAAACAUUUUCCUUGCUAGUUCCUGAGCUCUGGGUUUUGGGGUUGUAGAUUUCUGGGCUUUUUUUUUUUUUUUUCUUGUUAGUUCUUUUUGUCCAUCCGUGUCCGCGCAAACGUGGAAGAGCUCGGAGAGGGACAUGCUUGGUGUGCAGCGUGUGUCACCUGUCUAAAAUAAGGGCUCAAACAGCCCUCUCAGCGCAGCAGUAGACCAUGUGAGGACUUUAACGGGCUGCAUUUUACGCACAGCAGAGUGGACAGAGCAAGACCUGUGCCCAACAGAGUUUACUCUAAAAGCUCUGUCUCCAGAGUCAGGUGUCUUUGUCAUUUGAGCCUCUUGCUACCGUUCAUUGAAAUUUGGUCGUAAUGGAACAAAGUUAUUUUGUGAGUGCAAUAAGGAACGUAUGUAGAGGGCCUAAUGACUACAUUAGGAAUAUUAGUAGAGGGGAGAUUUAUUGUGCGGUCUGCAAUCCCACUGUUCUAUUGGUAGGUGUGUGGCGUUUGUGUUCCUGAAAAUGCUAUUAAGAAGAUGAAUACGUAUUUGGCGGCUGGUUGUUUACUAAAAGCUCUAAAUUCCCUGGCCUCUGUGAGCAAGCUGGCUUUGCAGUAGUCACACCCCCACUGCUUAUCUCCAUUUACAGUUCUGUGAUUGACAGGAGAGCUGGACAAAAUUUUAUAUUUCUCAUUGACUACAUUCAGAGGGACACUACUUUAUUUUUAUUCCCAGAAAUGCUCUGAGGGAUUUGCUAUACAUAUCUAUAUUGGAAAAACUUUUUUUGUUUGUUUAAAUGCAUAUCCUUUUGCUGUAAUUUGCAUCUUGUUAAUUUUCUCCUGAUUAUGAAAAUGGAAUCCUCAAUCCUUUUUAUUUUUUUAUUUUCCAUGAUCGUUUUCUUAAGUGAGUUUUCAGUCCGUUUCCGCUGCAGAGAUGACAUGUAGACAAAGUGCUGUCACGGGCCUUGCUUUUAGUCCUCUGGUUAAUGUCUGCCAUCUUCAAAGGAGUGACAUCAGAUGGAUUUAUAACACGGGGCCCUUUUUUGAAAGAUUGAAAAUGGCAAGUGCUGACAGAAAAGCAGAGCAAUGCCACGGUCUUCAAAGGGGUCUCUGCGAGGGCCGACGGGGGUCUCUUCCUUUCCACAGAUGCUCUCUUUUGAAACUGGUUGGCCUCGGUCCGCCAGAGCCGUAAUGGUGACAUUAAGUGCCCCGCCCCCUCCCCCGGCUUUUCCUGAAAGGCUUGCCUUUACCCUUUCUCUCUUUAAUGGCGUGCGCCGCCUGCAACACCGUGCACUGAAAUUGGCCUCGGCCGUCCUCUUGUUCCCCCCGCUCCUUCCCCCCACCUGCCCGGAGAUGGCAGUGAUCGAAUAUGGAAGUCAUUUAUGGCUGCUACUAAAUUGUUUUUCGGGGCUGCGCGGCAAGGUGGCCCUCAACUGUAAAUCUUGUACAAUCCAGCGCGCGCCCAAAAUGAAGCCAUCAUCCCCACUUAAAUGGGCACAGCCUGCAUUUCAUUAAUCAGAGUGCUAUGGAAGGUUCCAUUGUAGCAAGGGAUGGGGGGGGGGUGGCUGUCUUCUGAUUAUCAAAUGGCACGCAGCGCAGACAAUGCCGGCCUCCAUGCAAACCCGUGUUCCUAAACUGAGUAAAGGGUUAAUCCUAUGCCAUGCCUUGUGAAGGAUUUGUCCAAACGGCAUUACAGGCUCAGACCCUCUAGCCGCACUGGCGAUGCGAUUGUAUUUGUUGUUGCCAGCUUGCAUCAUUCUUUUUGAAUUCCCGCUUGGCUUCAGAUUCCUUUGUUCUUUUUUUUUUCCCCAUCUUGAAUAUGAAAAUCUUUUGUGCAUAUGCAAUGUUAGUCUGCAGAGCCCCACAGCAGUGAAGGAAAAGAAAGAAGAGAUCUCCCCCCCCCCCCCCCCCCUUUCAGUUCUGUCUGUCUCAGUGUGCCAGCAGUGCUUCACAGAACAAGGAGAAAGGGUUCCAGGCAGUGCGGGGGGGGGGGGAAUAACCAAAGACCGCAUGCUUUCACAGUAAUGCUUUGGUGGCUUUGACCUUCUGAGAUGAUUGGUUGGUGUGUGAGGGCAUCAGGGGGAUGGACACCUUUCCAUUCGUCUGACUGGAGGUGACUAAUGUUGGGCAUUAAAUGCUGUGCCGCACCACCCCCUUGUUCUCUGUAAGGUCUAAUGGUCCCUCACCAUCCCAAAAUGGUUGAAGGAAAACAGCAGUGGCAGUCUUGAUUUUUGCAUCCCCUCCAUCCACCUCCCCCUCCCCCUCCCAGAAGUGGUCACCUGGUCAAUCUAGCAGUGUGCCCUAAAGAAAACAUGACCUCCUCUUAAAGGGCUGAAUGUCUUGUAUAUGUGUCAUCACAGAGUCUGUAGAAGAAAGCCUUUGAGUUUGGAGCUCUGGGUGUACACACCCACUGGAGAUGAGGAACCAUCUCCCCUAGUGAGGGGAGCACAGGCCUCUGUCUUCAUGCAGUACUUUAGCGAGGUUGACCUACACUUAUAUCAUUGCGAAUGACUGACUGUCUGAGAUGGGAAAGCAAACUCUAAAAUAAGGCCUAUUUUUGUACUAUAUAUAUAUGGUGCACAGUCAUUUUUCUUGUAAUUUAAAAUUUAUUUUGCUUGUUUUUUUUCCUUUUUAUUUAAUUGAUGUCAAUAUGCGGAUUAAAUAGAUUCUAAGUAAAAUAAAAUAAAAAUCUAUGCAAACUACAA